AUGUCAGACGAUGCUACCAUUCCAAUAACGAUCGAGUUUAGCGGGGGCCUAGAGAUUCUCUUCGCCAACCAGAAAAAGUACAACCUUUCUCUACCCACCAAGGACGAAUCUGGUGAGCCAGCUACGGUCGCCUUUCUCGUCAGAUAUCUCUGCGAUCAUAUCAUGAAGGACCCAAGAAAAGAACUAUUUGUUCUAGACGACACGGUGCGGCCAGGAAUACUGGUCCUCAUCAACGAAGCAGACUGGGAGCUAGAAGGCGAAGACAAGUACCAAGUGCAAAAGGACGAUCAUAUCAUGUUCGUUUCCACGCUUCACGGAGGAUAA